AUGUUGGAAGAAAGGCACAAAGAUAACUUUCCCAGAGAAAAAAAAAACCAAGAACCAGGAGUCACUCCUCCGGAUCUCAUCUUUGUUAUCGAUGAGAAACCGCAUUCGGUCUACAAAAGAGACGGUAACGAUUUGAUUGUCGAGAAGAAAGUCUCUCUUAUAGAUGCUUUAACCGGUGUCACCAUUAGCCUAACGACACUAGACGGGAGGAACCUAACAAUCCCGGUUCUGGAUAUUGUAAAACCGGGUCAGGAGAUUGUGAUCCGGAACGAGGGAAUGCCUACUAAAGACCCUUUGAAAAGAGGAGACCUAAGAGUUAAUUUUGAGAUCUUGUUCCCGUCAAGGCUAAUAUCAGAACAGAAGAAUGACCUUAAGAGAGUUCUUGGUGGAAGCUAA